CGGAGGGUGUUGGCUGGUUGGGCUGAAGGGCAGGGCGCAUACUUCGUACUGGUUAUGCUGUAGACUACCGGCUACUUUGCGCACUGUCUGUCUGGAUCUAAUCGGCAGCCGAAAGUGCCCAAUGCUUUCUAUCGCCGCUUUGCUAUUUAUCCAUAGAGACCCUUGGAUUUGUACGUGCGCGUCAUUUCUGACCUGUGGAGUGAUUUUACGCACAGGCAAUUUGGGACUGAUUUUAUCGAAUCCGAAUGGAAUCAAACGGCAAAGCGGGAAGACAUGGUUUAGAGGGCGAUGUGGACCUUCAGUUCCUGCUGGUGGGGGGAAAGCUGAUGAAAGUAAAGUCUUCCUCUUGGAAAAAGGAGCGAAUGUACAAGCUGCAUGAUGACAAUGCGACCAUAUGGCAUGAGUCACACAGGAUCUUCAAGAGAAAACAGACCUUUUCCAUUGAUGACGUAGAUUCUGUGCGUAAGGGCCGUCAGUCGGAGGGUCUUCAGAAGCACACAGAGGCCCACGUUGAGGACCGCUGUUUCUCCAUCUUCUUUAAGGGCCGCAGGAGGAACCUGGACCUGGUGGCGACCUCGGCAGAGGAGGCUAGGCAGUGGGUCAGUGGUCUGGAGAAGAUCAUCUCUAACAUGAAGAAACUCAACCGCCAGCAGACGAGCGAGCACUGGAUCUUCAACUGUAUGAGGAAAGCAGACAAGAACAAGGACAACAUGAUGACCCUGAAGGAGCUGAAGCACUUCCUCCGCCAGAUCAACAUCGAGGUGGACGAGACCUACGCUAAAUUGCUGUUUACAAAAUGUGACACGUCAAACUCUGGCACCCUGGAGGGUUCUGAAAUCAAACACUUCUAUGACCUGUUGACUCACCGGGAGGAGAUCGAUGUGAUCUACGAGAAGCACGCCGCCACGGGGGGGCACAUGAGCGCCCAGGACCUGCUCAACUUCCUGCUGAAUGAGCAGCGUGAGGUGGCCACCUUGGAGGACGCCUUAAGACUCAUAGAGAAAUACGAGCUGGAUGACUCAGCAAAGCAUAUGAAUCACAUGACCAAAGAUGGCUUCCUGAUGUACCUGCAACAGGAGGAGGGGUCUAUCUUCAACCCCGCCCACAAGAAGGUGUUCCAGGAUAUGAGCCAGCCAAUCAACCACUACUUUAUCAGCUCUUCCCACAACACCUACCUGAUGGAAGACCAGCUCAAAGGCCCCAGCAGCACAGAGGCCUACAUCAAGGCCCUGAUGAAGAGUUGUCGCUGUGUGGAGUUAGACUGUUGGGACGGGGCCCAUGGGGAGCCAGUCAUCUACCAUGGCCACACCCUCACCUCCAAGGUCCUGUUUAAAGAUGUCAUCAAGGCCAUCAAGGAGUAUGCCUUCAAGACAUCAGAGUACCCAGUGAUCCUGUCCCUGGAGAACCACUGUACACUGGAGCAGCAGAAACUGAUGGCCAAGCACAUGAUCUCCAUCCUGGGCAGCGCCCUGCUCACCUCCCCCCUGGAGGACCAGAUGCCCACUGCCUUCCCCUCACCCCAGGAGUUGAAGGGUCGGUUCAUCAUCAAGGGGAAACGUCUCAACAAGCUGGAUGCCGUCUUCAGCAAUACUAGUCCUGGAGUAGAGGAAGACUGUGUCUCCGAGGAGGACGAGGCUGCAGAGACCAACAACUCCAAGACAGACACCAACGGACAGAAGGCCAAAGACAAGAAGUCAAAGAUCAAGCUAGCCAAGCAGCUGUCUGAUCUGGUGAUCUACUGUAAGAGUGUCCACUUCUCAGGGUUUGAGCACGCUAAAGACAACCAGGCCUUCUAUGAGAUGUCCUCCUUUAAAGAGAGCAAGGCUGUUAACCUGGCUGAGACUGCAGCUAAUGCCUUUAUCCACCACAACAUGACCAAGCUGAGCCGUAUCUACCCAGCUGGCUCCAGAACAGCCUCCUCCAACUACAACCCAGUUCCCCUGUGGAACGCAGGCUGUCAGAUAGUGGCGCUGAACUUCCAGACUCCAUCUAAGGAGAUGGACCUGAACCAGGGCAGGUUCCGAUCCAACGGGCUGAGUGGAUACAUCCUGAAGCCUGAAUUCCAGAGAUACGCUGGGUCAGAGUUCAAUCCUAUGACCCUAACCAAGGGACCCUGGAUCAAACACAAGGCCUUCCACAUCAUGGUGAUCUCAGCCCAGCAGCUGCCCAAGCUAAACAAGGACAAGCCUAAAUCCAUCGUGGACCCGCUGGUUAAAGUGGAGAUCUACGGUGUUCCAGCUGACACGUGCAGCAAGGAGACACGCUCCAUCGAGAACAACGGUUUUAAUCCCAUGUGGAAUGAGACGUUCCAGUUUGACAUCCAGGUACCAGAGCUGGCCAUGUUGCGUUUCCUGGUCGAAGACUAUGACGCCACCUCACAGAACGACCUGAUUGGACAUUACUGCCUGCCACUGACCAGUCUACAGAACGGUUACCGCCACGUCCCUCUGCUCACCAAGCGUAGUGAUGUCAUCCCCUCCGCCGGCCUGUUUGUUCACCUCAUGCUGCUGGACGCCAAAUAGAUCCCUCCCACUUCACGCUGACCCCUCCCACAUCACGCUGACCCCUCCCACAUCACACUGACGCCUCCCACAUCACACUGACCCCUCCCACAUCACGCUGACCCCUCCCACAUCACGCUGACCCCUCCCACAUCACACUGACCCCUCCCACAUCACACUGACCCCUCCCACAUCACGCUGACCCCUCCCACAUCAC